AUGUCGACACAGCAAGAUAACAUGAACUCUUCUUCAUUGGCCAUUGCAUCCUCUGUGCUAUAUCCUCAUAAUGCUAAUGAGAGCACUGUGCUCAAGAGAAGAAAAGUAAAGCUGCAGACCUUACCUGGUGCUUGGAUCGAAGAUAACAACACGGAAGAGGAUGAACAAGAUAAAGAAAACAUGCAGCAGUUUGUCAAGGUUGCGUCUGCUACUCCACCUCGAUUACCAGACCAAAUCACCGCCACAUUUGCUACUGCAAACGAUGAAGACAUUGAAUUCCUCAAGCAAACUAUUGUCAACCUUCGAAAAGAAAAGGAAAAGCUGGAGGAAACCAACGACAUAGUAAAGAAGAGUAUACAAAUAGUUGCCCGAAAAAGAAUGAUAGCACAAACCAACAGCCACUUGAAGAAGACUCAAAAACAACAGAUCUCGGAUGCGGCAUCAGCAAUUGCAGACGAGGAGGAAGAUAUCUAUAUUGUUGUGCCAAGUGAUUUCAUGCCAACUCAAGAGGAAAUGAAAGCAGCUGGACUUGAUGGUUGGGAGUGGAUAUCAGCUUAUUGA